GUUUAUAUCCCGAGUAGUUUAAUAGUUGUCAUGUCUUGGGUUUCUUUCUGGUUGAAUAGAGGAGCUGCCCCGGCCAGAGUUGGACUGGGUGUAACUACAGUGCUGACCAUGACAACCCUAAUGGCGAGUGUCAAUGCUGCUCUGCCUAAGAUCUCCUACAUGAAGUCUAUCGAUAUCUACCUGGAGGUCUGCUUCUUCAUGGUCUUUGGAGCCCUCAUAGAGUACGCUAUGGUGGGGUACACGGAUAAGAGGAUUCAGCUAAGAAAAAACCGGUUUCUUUCGAUGCAGAAAGUUCUGGAAGAAAAACGACAAGAAGCAGUGAAACAGAUUGAGAUACAGAAUGCCCUUGAAACAGCUGAAUUAAUAAAAAUAACCAACUCCAACCCAUAUAUAAGAACUCCUAGGAACGAACGAUAUCAACGAGAGGCCAGUGUUCGGUUUCACACUUGCUGUAUGAUGACAUGCACACUGAAUGGAGGCCAUGAACAUCAUGACACGUUGCCGAGGAAUGGAAAGGAAGACGACUCACGGCAGCAACUGCAAAUACAGUUACCGCCACCUCUCCCUCCGGCACAGCCGCCCAAUAGAGUUCUCGGCAUGCGCGCUAGUGAUAUUGAUAAAUAUAGCCGAGUCAUAUUUCCCAUUAUGUUUCUAACAUUCCACCUCAUGUAUUGGAUGAUUUAUCUCAGUAUUUCAGGGGAAGUACCAGAAGAUUUGGUUUAUCUGGAGAAAGAGUAAAGAUGAAAGAUUAACCAAACAGGAUUUUAGAUUUCUUUGAAUUACAGAGAAGUUAUCAAAAAAAUUAAAAUUGUGUUUCUUCAUGUGCAGUGUUCCAUUAAAUGCAAAUGAAGAUAUUGUUUUACUUCCGGCUAUAAAGUCAUCUCAAACUAAAAAAAAAUAAGAAGAAAGUUUCUUUAAUGAAAUUAAUUUUCUGUAGUUCAAAGAGACCAAAUUAAAUUAAAAAGAAUUGAUUUGCGCACCACUGAACUAGGUAUUUGGUGCGUAUUGCAGUGAAGCGACCGAAAAAAGUAGUGUUUAGCACAAGGUUGCACAUAUUUUCACUUUAAAGCAUGAUCUUAAUUUUUGUUGUAUACACAAAUUUUCCCUAACAUGGUGCAUGAUUUUACCUAAUUUAUUUUUUAUAAAUUUAGAGAAAGACUUGGUCAAAAAUUGAUUUUUGCUAAAGUAACAUUGAUUCAAGAUAUGAGUGUACUGUGUUAUGCAUUGGGCAUUGUCAAUACUUUUAAAAAUCCUUCCAGUUGUUGACGGUAUUUUUCAAAAAAUUUCAAAAACUUUAAACUGACAGUGCGACAACCAUUUAAUAAAAGGUGGUGGUCCUAAAUUAAAAAAAAUUGUUUAAGUCAGUUAGCCAUAAAAAAUUCAAAUAUUGUAAAAUCAUUUUUUGUAUAUUUAAACUUUUUUUAAGAUUCCGUUUUCAAAAAUCUAAACCACAGCCCUACAGCAUUGUAUCAAAUACUGCAGAACCAAGGAUAUAAAUGAGACAACUACCAUAGUCCGGUAGAUAUAUAAUUACAAUGCCAGCAAAUAAUUCUAAUGGAAGCUUUGAAUUUUCUUUCAAAAAUAGAUUUUGUUGAUUUUUUUCUUGUCUUAGUUUUUUUUGGCUUCUGAGCACAAUAAGUCCGUUUAACAUUUGUAAUUUUCAAAAUUUGUUUUUGUUUUCUAAAGUUCCUCCAGGGCCAGGCCACUAAUACCCCUGGGCUUUGAAAAAUAAUGAAAAAUAUAAAGUUUUUUGGGGUCUAAAAAAAUUUGAAUUCUCUUAUAAGUACACAUUUAAUUU